AAAAGCACGUGCUGGUGUCCCUGAAAAGAAGGAUGGGGUUUGAGAAACAAAUCCUGAUUGAUGGGUCAGGACAUCUACUUGGCCGCUUAGCAUCAGUCGUGGCGAAGGCCAUUCUACAAGGACAAAGAAUCGUGUUGGUGCGUUGUGAGGAAAUCAAUAUUAGUGGGAGUUUCUACAGGAACAAAUUGAAGUACCUGAAAUUCCUGAAACUGCGUUGCAAUGUGAAACCAUCGCGUGGUCCUUUUCAUCUCCGGGCUCCGAGCCGGAUAUUCUGGCGCACUGUACGUGGUAUGAUCCCACACAAAACGAAGAGAGGAGCAGAGGCAUUGAACCGACUGAAAGUCUAUGAGGGCAUACCUCCACCAUAUGACAAGAAGAAGAGAAUGGUGGUACCUUGCGCCCUUCGUGUUCUUCGUCUUAAGCCUGGAAGGAAGUACUGUGUAUUGGGACGACUCUCUCAUGAAGUUGGAUGGAAGUACCAGGAUGUUGUCAAAACCCUGGAAGAAAAGCGGAAGGCUCGUGCUACUGAAUGGUACCUUCAGAAGAAGCGAAUGACUCGGCUGAAAGCUAAGGCAGCGAAGGAGUGUGCACCCAAACUUGAAAGAAUAAACCAGCAGCUCUCAAAAAUGGGAUAUGCUUAAGGACUAAGGACACUUUUGCAUUGCAAUGUGUGUAAAUAAUGACAAUGACAUCUGUAAACUCUUAAGUGGAAUUUUCACG